AUGAGCAAAGAAGAUCCGUUAUUCUCGGUUUCUGGGAAGACAGUAUUAAUCACCGGAGGCGCUAAAGGCGUCGGAUUGAUGCUCACGGAGACGUUUUUGGAGCGAGGCUCGCGCGUGUGCAUCGCAUCCAGAAACAAAAACGACGGGGAAAAGAUAUCGAAACGAUUGAAAUGUGACUUCAUCCAGGCCGAUUUAUCCACGGAGGAUGGAUGUAAGAAUCUCGCGAACGAGUUCAAACGUCGAUACGAGUAUUUAGACGUGUUGAUAAAUAACAGUGGUGUCGCGUGGGGUGAGCCGUUCGAGUCGCAUUCGGAGAAAGGUUUUUACAAAACGCACGCUUUAAACGUGGUUGCCCCGUUCCUGUUGUCCCGCGAGUUUGCAGAUUUGAUGGAAAAUUCGUCAAGGAAGAGAGGAACCCCGUCUAGGAUUAUUAAUAUCGGUUCAAUUGCAGGUCUAAAGCCCCAAAAAUUUCCAACGUUCAGCUACGACGCGUCUAAGGCGGCGUUGCAUCAUUUGAGUAGAAAGUUAGCGGACGAGUUAUCGUCGCGGAAUAUAACCGUGAACGUGAUCGCGCUCGGGUUCUUUCCGACGAAAAUGACGGAUAGUUUAGAUGUGUAUGGAAAAGACGUGAAAGAUAACAUCAUGGCGAACGGCUUAUUAAUUAAAAGAGUAGGGAGGGCAUCCGAUGUGGGUGGUGCGGCUGUGUAUUUAGCCUCAUCUGCUGGGAGCUGGGUGACAGGCACCACCUUAACGUGCGAUGGCGGUUUUCUCUCAAAGUUGUGA